AUGUCUGAAAACCCAUUACCCUUCAUUUACCAGUUCGCCUCCGGCGCCAUCGCCGGCGUGUCCGAGAUUUUGGUCAUGUACCCUUUGGACGUGGUUAAAACUAGACAGCAAUUGGCUACCACCUCCGAUUACAAUGGCACCAUUAGGUGCUUGAGAAAGAUCGUUGCCGAGGAGGGUUUCUCCAGAUUGUACAAGGCACCAAAGAGAGCCACCAAGUUUGCUGCCAACGACGAGUGGGGCAAGUUCUACAGAAAACAAUUUGGUGUUUCGCAGAUGACUCAGUCUUUGGCAGUUUUGACCGGUGCUACUGCCGGUGCCACCGAGUCGUUUGUGGUGGUGCCUUUCGAAUUGAUCAAGAUCAAGUUGCAGGACAAGACCUCCAAGUUCAAUGGCAUGGGCGACGUGAUGAAGCACGUCAUCAAGGAAAACGGGCUUUUCGGCAUGUACAAGGGUUUGGAGUCCACCAUGUGGAGACAUGUGGCAUGGAACGCUGGCUACUUUGGUUUGAUCCACCAGGUCAGAACCUUGAUGCCAAAGCCAAAGAGUAGCAGCGAAAAAACCAUGAUCGACUUGACCUGUGGUACCAUCGGCGGUACUUUCGGUACCAUCUUGAACACACCUUUUGACGUGGUGAAGUCCAGAAUCCAGGCUGGUUCCUCCAAAUACAUCUGGACUGUCCCCUCGGUUUUGACGGUGGCUAAGGAAGAAGGUUUCGCUGCCUUGUACAAGGGUUUCAUCCCCAAGGUCUUGAGAUUGGGCCCCGGUGGAGGCAUUCUUUUGGUGGUGUUCACCACGUGCAUGGACUUUUUUAGAACCAUCCACGACAAGAAGUAG